UUCCUGCCUCCUUCCGCAAGAUGGCGGCGGCCGCCUGGGCGAGCGGUUCUUCGGCCGCGCGGCUGCAGCACAGGCUGCUGCCCGCCUGGUUGCGCGCGGGCGGUGCUGCGGGCUACGCGAUCGCGCUGCGGGCAGACACGGGAGGGCGCCCAGGUGCAGCAGUACGGAAGGGAAGGACAAAUGGAAGACCAAGGAGAGAGUCUGGAGCUCCCAGGACUGAGAAGAUGGAGGUUGAUCAGGAUUGGACCAGCGUGUACCCAGCUGCCGCCGCUUUUAAACCUUCCGCAGUACCUCUCCCCAUUCGGAUGGGCUACCCAGUGAAAAGAGGAGUACCUCCUCCAAAAGAAGGCAACUUGGAACUUAUAAAGAUCCCCAAUUUCUUGCAUCUCACACCAGUUGCCAUCAGGAACCAUUGUACUGCUCUUAAGGAUUUCUGCACGGAGUGGCCGGCUGCCCUGGACGAUGAUGAGAAACGUAUGCAGCAUUUUCCCAUAGAAAUUGAAACAACAGACUAUGUUUCAGCAGGCCCAUCUGUUCGUAACCCUAAAGCUAGAGUGGUGACCUUAAGGGUAAAGCUUUCAAGCCUCAACUUGGAUGACCAUGCAAAGAAGAAGUUCAUUAAACUUGUAGGGGAGAGAUACUGCAAGGGCACGGAUACCCUGGCCAUUACAACAGACAGGUGUCCAUUAAGAAGGCAAAACUAUGAUUAUGGAGCAUACCUUCUGACAGUGCUAUUCCAUGAAUCGUGGAAAACGGAGCCAUGGGAAAAAGAGAAGACUGAAGCUGACAUGGAAGAAUAUAUCUGGGAGAACAGCGCCUCUGAAAGGAACGCUUUGGACACCCUGCUUCGAAUCAAAGCAGCCGAAACGACCAAGGAAGCCAGCAAAGAGGAACUACUUGCCUCGGAAAUCGUUCAAGACUACAAAAAGUCGGUGGUUGGGCUGAAAAAUGAAGGAGAAACCCACGAAAACCUUUCAGAGUAUAAGGAGUCUGUCAAACGGUUACUGAACUUGAGUGCCUUGUAGCGAAAGGGUUCUGCUACGUACCUGUGUAUCAUACAAGUCAUGCUGUUACCCGGUUUAAACUUUGACGACUUUUCAAUGAUCAGUUUCUUAUACUAGUGACCUAGCAACUCACCUUCCCUCUAUAUAAAAACACAUUGUCUAAAGAAAGUCUAGUAACCAGGCAUCUUUGGGAUUCCCUUCACUCUGCAAACAUUCUGCUUCUUAGCUUGGUUGGGGAGCUUUCAUGGAAACCUCACGGCUUCUGCAUUGCUUUGAACUGUGGAAAUUGUGGAAAUAGGAGUCCUUUUGCAUAAAGCUAAAAUGACAGCUCUUGUGGCAUUCUGACCCCUCUCCGUCUGUAAUGUAUAGUGCUAGCUGGUUUGAGGAUUUCCUCGUCUUUAGGCCUUAUAAAAUGGCUACCACUCACUGGGUGGGGAAGCGAAUCAAACUA